AUGAACAAUAGACGUCAGAAAGCUAGAAAAAUAGAUUUAGGGCGGCUGCAAGAAGAACCAGCAGAUGAGCAAGAAUAUAAAGACAACGCGAGAACGUUAAAACACUUGCAGGAGCAAGAAUAUAAAGACAACGCGAGAACCUUAAAACACGUGCAGGAGCAAGAAUAUAAAGACAACGCGAGAACCUUAAAACACGUGCAGGACCAAGAAUAUGGCGACAAUGCGAGAACAUUAAAACACGUGCAGGAGCAAGAAUAUAAAGACAAUGCGAGAACGUUAAAACACUUGCAGGAGCAAGAAUAUAACGACAAUGCGAGAACAUUAAAACACGUGCAGGAGCAAGAAUAUAACGACAAUGCGAGAACGUUAAAACACUUGCAGGAGCAAGAAUAUAAAGACAAUGCGAGAACGUUAAAACACUUGCAGGAGCAAGAAUAUAACGACAAUGCGAGAACAUUAAAACACGUGCAGGAGCAAGAAUAUAAAGACAAUGCGAGAACGUUAAAACACUUGCAGGAGCAAGAAUAUAACGACAACGCGAGAACAUUAAAACACGUGCAGGAGCAAGAAUAUAAAGACAAUGCGAGAACAUUAAAACACGUGCAGGAGCAAGAAUAUAAAGACAAUGCGAGAACGUUAAAACACUUGCAGGAGCAAGAAUAUAAAGACAAUGCGAGAACGUUAAAACACUUGCAGGAGCAAGAAUAUAAAGACAAUGCGAGAACGUUAAAACACUUGCAGGAGCAAGAAUAUAAAGACAAUGCGAGAACGUUAAAACACUUGCAGGAGCAAGAAUAUAAAGACAAUGCGAGAACGUUAAAACACUUGCAGGAGCAAGAAUAUAAAGACAAUGCGAGAACAUUAAAACACGUGCAGGAGCAAGAAUAUAAAGACAAUGCGAGAACGUUAAAACACUUGCAGGAGCAAGAAUAUAACGACAAUGCGAGAACAUUAAAACACGUGCAGGAGCAAGAAUAUAAAGACAAUGCGAGAACAUUAAAACACGUGCAGGAGCAAGAAUAUAACGACAAUGCGAGAACAUUAAAACACGUGCAGGAGCAAGAAUAUAAAGACAACGCGAGAACGUUAAAACACUUGCAGGAGCAAGAAUAUAAAGACAACGCGAGAACGUUAAAACACUUGCAGGAGCAAGAAUAUAAAGACAACGCGAGAACGUUAAAACACUUGCAGGAGCAAGAAUAUAAAGACAACGCGAGAACCUUAAAACACGUGCAGGACCAAGAAUAUGGCGACAACGCGAGAACGUUAAAACACGUGCAGGACCAAGAAUAUGGCGACAACGCGAGAACCUUAAAACACGUGCAGGGGCAAGAACAGGGCGACAACGCGAGAACGUUAAAACACGUGCUGUGCUGUGAUUAUGUAUCGUUGCACUAUGUAUAA